UCAAGCAGCUCUCUGUGUCUCGUUGCAAUGUGGUUUUCCUCUCAGGGAAGCACUAAAGCCCUGAAUUCUCAGUCUGGCUUGCACAUGUUGUCAGAGGCUAGCAGGAGACAGUUUUCCUUUUAAUACAAGGAGGAGAAAAAGCCUUCACUACUGACUCCUCUGGAAAGAAAAUGAAGAGUGCUGCCAGACCUUGGAGUGCAAUGGCAAAGCAAGGGAACCAUGGGAUUGACCGAGGAAAAUCUCUCCCCGCUGCUUCCUCAGGCAUGAAGACCUCCAAAUCCUCUACUUCACUUGCUUUUGAAUCUCGACUUAGCAAGCUAAAAAGAGCUAGCAGCGAUGACAUGUUAACAAAGCCAGGGGUGACAGCAGCUUCCGGGGUCUCCAGACUGAAGAAGACCAUUACAACAGGAGCAAUUUCUGAGCUUGCUGAGAAUCGACUGAAGUCCAGCACAGGAAUUGUUUCAUCAGCGAAGCGCACAGGGAUUCCGGCUCCUCGGGAAAUUUCAUCAACUGUCUCCAGAGAGAGAGCUGUGUUGCGUGGUCCAGCCAACACCAGGAAAACUCAGCCCAGCCCAACUUCUUCGGGCACGCCCACCCCUACCAAGCACCUGCGUCCUUCUGCCAAGUCCAAGCAAGAGAAUGAAACUGGGGACAAGGCAGUUCUGGAGUCCCAGGUUAAGGAACUCUUGGCAGAAGCAAAGACAAAAGACACUGAAAUCACCAAGCUCCGGAGUGAGCUGAAGAAAUGCAAAGACAAAGGGUCAGUUAACUCUGAAGGGAUUGGUGCUUCAGACCAAAACGUAGAAAUGUUACCAAUGUCACCUGGUGACAUAGACCCAUUAAUACAGACUCUUCAGGAAAAGAACAGGACUUUUCAAAAAGAACUUGCUAGCCUGGUGGAAGAAAACCGGGUUUUGAAGGAGAAACUGAUUUAUCUAGAGCACUCCCCUCUCUCGGACACAACAACAAGCAGCGGGGGCGACAGCAGCUUCACAACCCCAAUCACUCAAGAAUCAAGUUUUGGAAGCCCAACAAAAAAUCUAUUGAGAGGUGAACCAGAUGAGCCCAGACAGCGUGUGAAUGGAGAAGCAGUGCGAAAGUCAGGUUCUUCUAGCAGUGAUGUGACUAAAGCCUCUUUGUCACCCGAUGCAUCUGAUUUUGAACAUAUAGCAGAUGUACCUUCUAGGCCAACGUCCUCCAACAGCAACCCCUUUAAGGGUUCCAGAUGCUCCACCACAGGGAGUUCUCCAAACAACAUUAGUGACCUUUCUGUGGCCUCCCUGACAGAGAAGAUACAAAAAAUGGAAGAAAACCACCACAGCACAGCAGAAGAGCUUCAAGCCACUUUGCAGGAGCUGUCAGACCAGCAACAAAUGGUGCAGGAGCUGACAGCAGAAAAUGAGAAGCUAGUGGAAGAGAAGGCUCUGCUGGAGACCUCCUUUCAUCAGCACAAAGAGAGAGCAGAACAGCUUAGUCAAGAAAAAGAAAAGCUGAUGACUGUCCUACAAGAGCGAUCCAAGAAUGAAGAAACCAAAGUUCAGGAGGGGAAAAUCCUUGAACUAGAGCAGAAAUGCACAGAAUUGCUUGAGAAAGCACAGUUUGAAAGAGAAAAGCUGCUCAACAUCCAGCAACAAUUAUCCAGCAGCCUACGGAGCUUAGAAAGGGAGCAUCAAGAUGCUCAGGAGGUGAUCAAGGGCCUAAGAGAGGAAAAUGAGAAGUUGGGUGGGCUUUUGGAAAUGGAACGACAGAACAACAGCAUGGUGGCAAAGUCUCUAGAAGACUGUAAAGUUGCCUUAGAAGGCCUGAAGAUUGAAAAUGGAUCUCUCAGAACUCAAUUAGAAAGUGAGAAACAAAAAGCUGCAGAGAUCAAUGCAAUGGGAUGUAUUACUGACAACUCUGAGGUGCAAGAGAUGCUGAAAGUGGCCCAUGCAGAGAAGGAUCAGUUAGAACUGGCUUGUACAGAGCUCAAACAAGAGCUGUUGAAGGCAAACAGUGAAGUAAAACAUGUCCAGGGCCUACUGGCCAAGGUGGAGAAGGAAUGUGGUCAGCUGAAGGAACUGUAUGACCGACAGGCUGAACAGCUGAGCAGAAACAGCCUGAAGCUGCAGGAGAAAACUUCUGAGAAUGAGUCUGAGAUCAAAAACCUGAAGGAGACCAUCUUUGAGCUGGAGGACCAGGUGGAGCAGCAACGUGCUAUCAAACUGCACAACAACCAGCUCAUCAGUGAACUGGAGAGUAAUGUGAUGAAGCUAGAAGAGCACAAACUGGAUCUGGAGAGGCAGCUGAAGGGUCUGACUAAACAGAUAAAGGAAGAUACAGAGGAGUGGAGGCGUUUUCAAGCUGACCUGCAGACUGCAGUGGUGGUGGCCAAUGAUAUCAAGUGUGAGGCUCAGCAGGAGCUGCGGAUGGUGAAGAGGAAGCUCCAGGAGGAAGAGGAGAAAAGUGCCAAGCUGCAGAAGGAGCUGGAGGAACUGCAGGGCAGCAGCAGGCUGACAACUGAGGAGGUGAAUUCUGUAGAAGCAGAUACCACCAACCGCUGGCAAGGAGUCUAUGUCAGCAGGGCAUCACCCACUCCCUCAGAGUCUGCAGCUACUGUCAAGUCACUCAUCAAGUCAUUUGACUUGGGAUGCUCAGGGAGCACUGGGCAGAGUAUCACGGUUCACAAGGUCCCAAGGAGCCCUCUGAGUGGAAUUCCGGUGAGGACAGCCCCAGCAGCCGCCGUCUCCCCCAUGCAGAGGCAUACUGCUUACAGUAAUGCAAACCUGCUCAGCAAAGGAGUCGACAAACUCACAGACCUUCCAGACCUUCCCCUUGCAGACCUUCUAAAAGGGAGGAGUGAGGACCUGAAACCAGACCAUUACCUCCGCAAGAGCCCUUCCCUGGAGUCUCUGAGCAAACCCCCCUCAAUGGCCUUCAGCAGCAGGAUGCUGACCUCCAGCCCAAGCAGCCUGAGACCCCCCAGCAAACUCAGCGUGGAGAGAAAGGACCCAUUAGCAGCCCUGGCCCGAGAGUAUGGUGGUUCCAAGAGGAAUGCACUGCUGAAGUGGUGUCAGAAGAAGACUGAAGGUUACCUGAACAUCGACAUUACCAACUUCAGCAGCAGCUGGAGCGAUGGGCUGGCCUUCUGCGCUCUCCUCCACACCUACCUGCCUGCACACAUUCCGUACCAGGAGCUCAAUGGCCAGGAUAAAAAAAGAAAUCUGCUUUUGGCUUUUCAAGCUGCCGAAAGUGUGGGCAUCAAACCCAGUCUGGAACUCAGUGAGAUGAUGUACACAGACCGGCCAGACUGGCAGAGCGUGAUGCAGUACGUGGCCCAGAUUUACAAGUACUUUGAGACCUGAGCCCAGAGCAGAAGGUGGGCAGAAGUGAGGAAGAGACUGAAGAAUGCCACGGAAGCACUUGAUCACUUUAAAAAUCACCUCUUUUCUAUUCCAUGAGCCAACCGAGGCUCCUAGGUUGCAAGGAAAGCUCUUCCACAAUUCUGAUCACAUCUCAGUAACCUCGGACUGCAACCAAAUAAAAAUCCAUUGUCUACCUUUACAAACCAAAUACAGCAGUAAGUUUAUUUCAAUAUGGAAACUACAAAGGGUUUUCUGCCAUUGUGGGAUAUUUCUGAAGAUGAGCCCUUGUGCUUGAUAAUGAUUGCCUUUCAAAUCAGACUCUGCCAGCUGGAGACUUGCCACAGAACGAAGUGAAUGCAACAUGUACUUUGUAAAUCAGUGCCUCAAGUAAUGCUGGCACUCAAGGGAUGCUGGCAGAGUAUUGUUAAUGAGCCAGUUGACAACAGUGCUCCUCUAACACACAAGUGAGUCCCUCUCUCCCCUCCUUUCCCCAUAUGUUUUAUAUAUACGCAUCAAGACAGAUACACACACACACACAAGUGCGUGUAGAGCCUCACGCUUCCGGAGAUUGACUUACUCUGGCACACGAAGACAAACAGACACACUAGGUUGCCUGACUUAGGUCAGUCUGCAGGGUCUGCAACAGGAUCUUUUUCUGACUCAGAGGCCAUCACAUGUGCUAUCACCAGUCAGCCAUAGAGGUACAAAAGGGAACCAGUAGGUGCGGUGACUCCGUUCCUGGUCGAACAAAGGUCACCGCUUUGAUUUGUGAGAAAAAUCACCCCAUUGCUUCAGUGAUCAACCUUGUAGGGAGCCAGAACCCUGAUACAUGCCAGCUGACUGCGCCGGUUAUUACAGUUAUUUCUGUAGUGCUGCAAAUGCAACUAGUUAGUUUUAUUACACAAGGCACAAAUAACCAGGCAGUGACUUGUUAAACCUGAGUAACCUGUGAUCUCUCCGAGCUACACGUUUGCGGCAGGUUUGGGUAGAGUAAACUCAUUACUCCAGGUUGUUCCUGAGUAAUCUGCAAGAAUGUGUAAAUACUUGUUACUUACUACCCAGAAGGCCUUGUUAGCUGUGCCCUGGGCAGUGAAGUGAAGUGCAUAGGUUAUUACUGUAUGUUUAGACUUGAGGUUACUGCGUCAAAGAACACACAAGAGAUUAAUACCAAUAGCAACAUGCAACUGUAUUCCGUAAGUUACAGCGAAUAUAGCUGGCAACUCUUCAUUCUGUCACUGAAGCCAGAGCUAAGCCUAUGGGAUCCCAGCGAUCCUGCUGAUAUCUCCUGGCAUAAGGCAGUGUUUAAUUUGUCACUGUACAUGCCUCUUUGUAUUUGGCCCCAUAAACUUGAAUCUUCAGAGCUAGUGAGAAGCAGUAAGAACCCCUUGGAAAAAAGGAAGUCAAAGGCAGGCCGGGUAAGCCAUUUGCUCUCAGAUGGUCUCUCAGAAUGUGCUCUUUGUGUGUGAUACCCACAUUGUGCUGAUAAAAGAAUAUACCCACCUACCCACAUUGUGCUGAUAAAAGAAAAUGGUUGUUUACUUACAAUGUUUAACCUUGUGGCCCAGUCCUGAUGCCUCAUGAAUAUUAAUCACCUGCAGCUAGGGGUCAUUCUCCUCCCUUACCUAAGGGAACAGAGCGUGCUCCCUGUUCUAACUCACCGCUCUAGUGAGGCAGAAACAGGUGUUUUCAAUGGAGAAGCUGGGUGUUUUCAGCUUUCUGAUGCUUUGCAAGUGCCCUGCACUCACUUGCUGUUGUCUCCCAUCAAGGUGCUUUGGUUGCUUGAUACAAUGCUAGAGUCCACAAGCAGCACAUUUCAAACCUUGGGUUUCUCAUUUUAAAAAACUUAAGUUCUUCCCUAGUGAUAAAUGUUAAUCCCCAGCCUUGGAUUUACAUUUAGAAUUUGGAUCUUGUUGGUUUUUCCUAAAUAUCUCUAAUUUAAGCCCUUCUUUCCAUGAGCUUUGUCCGUAAAUGGAUGUGGUUCUGGUGCUACUACAGUGCCCAAGGCAGCUUUCCAAGAGCUGGGAGGAGAGAAGGGAAGGGUCAGGCUGCUGUCAUGUAGACCCUGCACCCAAGGGGAAGUCAGACCACUUGGCCAUGAAAUCACCUAAAGGGUAGUGCUCAGACGGCACAGCUCAGUCCCAUGCAAAAUCUAUAGGAAGCAUCCAGGUAUGUGAGGUGCUCCUGUUCCUGGAAUAGGCUAGUUUAAAAGUCUGAUCCUUUGCAGAACUCACUCCCUGCAUGUACUGAGGGUGAGAGGUUGGUAUGUUCAGGAGGUCUUAAGUGCUGGUCACCCACCACACUUGCUAUCACCUUUUGAAAUCAAAUAACUACUGGGAGGCACGUAACAGACUCAGCAGCCCAGUAGGUGCAACCUACCUGGUACAUUCAGCAACACAGCAAGUGCAUUUAUCUGGAUCUGAAGCAAGGACAGAACUUAAGCAGUUGGACUAAUCCUGAGGGAGAGGAGGGGCUGAUUAUGUUAUGCCUGGACUGUAUUGGCAAGGAGGCCUAAAACAUCCCAGUUUUAAGAGUGUUCCAAGAUGGGGGUCUAUUUCUGUCAUUUCCUGUAAUUCUUACGAUUGUUGUCAUGGGACUGGAUGUCUGUUUUGUUGCCAGCUGUCUCAGCAGAAGGAGACUAAGCCAGCAACAGUUGAAUCUAGGUCCUGAUAGAGGCUGCAAGCUUUGGAACAGUGUCAAAAAGGGAGACUUUAAUCUCUUAAAUGUAUUUGUUGUUGCUCAAUUUGUUUCUCCUUAAUGAUGUAGUCAGGAUUGGGGGAGGGGUGUGUGGGGGAGAGGAAUGGCCCUGGCCAAUGAGCAAACUGAACAGAGGAGGUGACAGAAGUCCAGUUUAUAACUAUCUUUCAUGAAAGGCAUGAGGAAUGAAAGUCUCCAAGAGACUUGUGAGAGUCCUUAUAACAGGAACAAGAAGUGGACAAACUUAACGCAAGCUCCUGACACUUCGUGGGUGUGCUCAUGUAGCUUUCCAGGCUGUGGGUGCUGCCCAGAGUCCCAGUUGGACUGAGCAUCAUUGCAGCGUAUUCCCAAACUGAAGUUGUUUUCCUUUUAAUUUAAAUGUCUAGGUUAAAUUCCUUUUCAAGUGUGUUGCAUAGUUGGAUUUGGUGGCCUUAGAGUACAUGGAAUGUACUGAUUUAGCCAUUUUAAAAGCUUCAAUUUGGGUCUCCAGUUAUGCUUUCAUAAGAGGGUGCAGAAGUGUAACUCUGAAGUUGGUUGGUAAGAAAUAUUCACUUGUGAAGGGCUCCAUACUGUGGAAUUCCACUCCUGUAUGGAUGCAGCAGGUUCCUCUUAUUCCCUCGCUCUGCCCUCCCCGAAGCAUAGUUCAUAUUCUCUCAGGGGGGUGUAACCCAAGCCCCCUGAAGUCAACAGAAGGGCUUCUCUUGGCUUCAGUGGGUUUUGAAUGAGGUUCGUGAAGAGGUGAGAACAAUGGCAGCACAGUUUUCAUUCCCAGACUCCAGACAGCACAUUAGAGCCAGAAAUCCUCUCUUUCCAAAAAGGUAGUUUUAACCCACACUGGCCAGAAGUGCCCGUGCUGCCUGUGAGACACUGCACAGACAGGUGAUAAACACAUCUAUUGUGGAGUGAUGACAGCAACACUUGCCCUGAGACUUAUUCGAGCAUUUAUUCUAAUCCAUAGCCGCAAAAUUGAUUCUAACAUUCCAAAUCCUUCAACAGCUUCAGAUGGUUGCUGUGGGUUUGGUUUUGUUUUUUCCAAGCAACUUGCCAGGGAAAUGUUUUCUCAGGCUCCUUGUGGCUUUGGAAUUCCCUCUCCCCAAAAAUACCAGAGCUCCAUGCCCAGUACAAGGUAGGAUUCUGGUAGGAUUUGGGGGGGGGGGAGGAUAGCUCAGUGGUUUGAGCAUAGGCCUACUAAACCCAGGGUUGUGAGUUCAAUCCUUGAGGGGGCCAUUUAGGGAUCCAGGGCAAAAAUUGGGGAUUGGUCCUGCUUUGAGCAGGGGGUUGGACUAGAUGACCUCCUGAGGUCCCUUCCAACCCUGAUAUUCUAUGAUUCUAUAGAUGAAGGCAUCACUCUUCUAAAAUAUUGUUGAGCCCUGAAGGCUAGCAAUUGUAGUCUUUUGCCACUGGAGAGGGGAGAUUCCUAACUUCUCACUAGGACCUAGGGCUCCCUUCCAGGCAUGAGAAGUCCCAAAAAAUCCAUCUCUGAAGUCCUGACAUUUCUAGGUCUAGAAAGCUCUUUUAGGUCAUUUGAGCAGUUUUUACAUGUGAUAGCUUUAAGUUUUCUAUCUCCCUGAGCUUUGCACAGCUUCAAUCCUGGGCUUCUAUUUUCAAAGUGACUAGUGAUUUGAGGUGCCUCCAUUUUUGCGUGUCCAAGAUGAGACACUUGGAACUGGCCUGAUUUUCAGGAAGUGCUGAGCAUCUACCCUCUGAAAACAAGCCCCUUCUAAGGUGUCUCGAAGUGGGGACCCAGAAAUUGGGGCUCCUAAGACUCCUAGUUGCUUUUGAACAUUUAGGUCUUGCUAACUCAGGUUCCUGGCUUUAAGAAAUAGCCCAGUCGCAUUUUGGAGAAGCCUCUAACACAUGCUUAGAAUAGUCCUAUACAGAAUGCCUGGUGGUGUGGGUUUGGAUAAAGGUUUUUAUCAGCAGGAGUUAGUCAUGCUCUGCAUAACUCCCAUGUGGCUUUACCUCUUCAGAGGAAAGUACCAUUCCCAACUUGCGCUGAUGAAACCUUUAUACCACACUGUAUGCUCCCCAGAUAUAUGAUGCUCACUCUUUUGCACUUGUGCACAUCUGCAUGUGCCUAGUUAGUUUUAGCAGGUCCCUAGACAUGUAAGUCAAUCCUAACUGCUGACUUUGGCUUAGCUCUUGAGGAAGGUGGGGAAGAGGACAGUUGAGCUGCAGUUCCAGGAGCCUUGGCUGAAGGGAUCGCAUUGUGUAGCUGUUGCACAAUGGCUACUAGGAAAGAGAGGAAACAAAGUGGCUGGAAAG